AGGAUAUCAGCGAUGCGAGUAGCACGCCAACGAGACUGCAGCGCAAGGAACAAACCACCAACCUUGAGUAUCCCGGGCUCAUCAACAUGUGUAGAGCAUUUUCCCUCUCCUCCGCUGGAUCUCCAUCUUUUGAAAGCAGCGAACUAGAUCCUACGGCUUGCGUAAUGCGAUGCGAGGUCGUUGUUGUAAGAGUGGGACGAGCUCUGGGCCCUAGCAUUGGAGCAAAGGACAGGGUCUGGUUGUGGUCGAAUGUCAACAAGCGUCAGCGACACGCCACCCACCAUCUUCAGGGCUCACCAGAGCAGUGGAACGCACGCAUAAGUAACACUUCUAUUGUCUGGGAUAGAGCGCCCCUGUACGAACAUAAAAAUGACAUUGGCAUCGUAUCCAGUCUCAUAGUUCUAUUUAGCGUUCGG